UCAAAUUAAAAUAGCUAAACAUUUCACAGAGCUUAGACUAACUUCUGGUGGAGAACUGGUGGAAUUUCACCUCCUAUUCAAAGGGAAUUCUCCACGCCUAAACUCACUCAAAUGACAUGGUCACAGAAACACCCAAUGAGAGCAGACAUGGGUGUUGCUGUAGUACUAUAAAUUGAUCAGGUGAGACAGGUGUCAGGUUGUGAUGCACCUGCACUGGACACUAAAUACAGAGUGAAAGGAAAAUACCUCUCAGCUGGAAACAGAGGAACAAAUAAUACUGAAGAAAAGCGAGAUCCAGAUUUAUUUAUUUUUUACCAGAGCCAUUUAUUAGACUGAAGAGACCAGCUGCCAAUCCAAGGAUCAGUCUGUGGGUGAGCAUGAUGUCGUUUGUGCCACAGGGCCUCUCCCCACCUCCUUGUGGAACCCAGUACCCUAGCCUCGAACAGGAGCCUCCAGAGUUCAGCCUGUACAGCAACAACUUCUACAGCGCUCCAACCCUGCCUAGCCCGCAACAGGCCACCCCUACUUCCUACGACCUGGGAGACUACACCAGCCCUCCUUCCAACCCUUACUUGUGGUUCAACGGCCCAGAGCUCAACAGUGUUCCCUACCUAGGUGGGCCCACAGGGCCAGUCUGUGGGCCCUAUGUGCCCCAACUCUACAACAUGCAGAGGCCCUAUCUGGGUGCUGGCGUGCCGAGGGGUGGUGUAGGGGACCUGAGCUGGUUCUCCAUGCCCUCUCAGGAGGAGCUGAUGAAGCUAGCCAGGCCACCCUACUCCUACUCUGCCCUUAUUGCCAUGGCGAUCCACGGGGGCCAAGACAGACGGCUCACCCUGAGCCAGAUCUACCAAUAUGUUGCAGACAACUUCCCCUUCUACAACAAGAGCAAGGCCGGGUGGCAGAACUCUAUCCGCCACAACCUCUCCCUCAACGACUGCUUCAAGAAGGUGCCCCGAGAUGAGGAUGAUCCAGGCAAGGGUAACUACUGGACCCUGGAUCCCAACUGUGAGAAGAUGUUUGACAACGGCAACUUCCGUCGCAAGAGGAAGAGGAAGUCGGACUCCCUGCCUGGUGAGGGGGGCUCCUCAGGUUCUGAGUCGUUAGAGUCCAGCCCCAAACACCACAACAACAUGAAUGACGUUUCCAGCUCCUCCGAGCGCGGCCCCUCCCCCAUCUCCUCAGCCCCCUCCCUCUGCCUGAACAGCUUCCUGUCUCAGAUGGCUGAAGUGGGGACGGUAUCAAACACAGUAGUGUCAGAUACCCUCCACAGACCUAGCCUGGCUACAGAGCUGUCCCAACGGGUCUCUCCGGCCCAGAGAUACAGCUCCUACUCCCCCAAUGCUUCGAUGCCUCAGUGGGAGGUCUGUAUGUCCCAUCCACAGCAGCCUACCAUUUCCUCCUCUCCUCCCCUCUACCCUGCGGGCUACAGUGACUCUGUCCUCACCCAGCUCAGCAGCCAACUAUACCCAGCCCUGGACUCUGCCUCAAUGCUUUACCCUCGGGAAGGCACAGAGGUGUAAAGCACAACUGAUACAUCUACUGGGUCGUUCCACCAAUUAGGUGCCUUCGAGUACUUUAAUUUGCUGAUUUAAAAACAAAAAAAUUCACCUACUUUUAACAUUCUGUCAUAAAGAGCACUGGUUCAACUUAAUAAAAAACACCCUUUCCCAUCUCAAGGAGUUAACUAACAAAAAUACUAUAGUAAGUGCCUGUUAAGUGGGGAGGCAGGGUAGCCUAGUGGUUAGAGUGUUGGACUAGUAACCGGAAGGUUGCAAGUUCAAAUCCCCGAGCUGACAAGGUACGAAUCUGUCGUUCUGCCCCUGAACAGGCAGUUAACCCACUGUUCCUAGGCCAUCAUUGAAAAUAAGAAUUUGUUCUUAACUGACUUGCCUAGUUUAAAAAAAAUUGAAAUAAAGAAGUGCCAGGGUUGACCAUCUUAAAUGAGCCAUAAAUCCCCUUGUGACAGGGGGAAUGGAAGUGUGUUGUGUGCAACAGGGAGGGGAAAUUGAAAGCAAAUUUGUAUCUAUUGAUAAAAAAAUAUUUCUAGCCUGUCUGUCUAUGGGUAACAGGGUUCACGUAUUAUGCUCAACCCGCUUAGUUUUCCACCACAAAACAAAUUGUAGAGCCAGCUCGCCUGCCGCCCCAGCUCACCUGCCGCCCCAGCUCACCUGCCGCCCCAGCUCACCUGCCGCCCCAGCUCACCUGCUUUUACGCUAUGAUUUGACUAUUAAAUGUUCAAUGUGUCUUUUGAAAAAAAUAUUUUAAAAGGAAUAGCUUCACCAUAUCUAAAAUUUAAUUUGAGUUCACAUAACAGGAUUGACCUUAAAAUAAAUCACUAAUAACAUUAAAUAAAUAAUAAUCUUUAGAAAUUACUUUGCCAAAGUAACAUAAUAACCAGGUCUUUACAAUGAUGGUGAAAACCUGGAGAAAUGUUGUGGUUAAGUGGGUUAAAAUCUUCCUAGAAGUCACAGAGGGACAUGUCAACAUGCUGUGGUUAAGUCACAGAGGGACAUGUCAAAAUGCUGUGGUUUGGCACUUUAGCAAAUCUUUAUUCGUAUUAUAAUUCAGAUGUUUUGAAUUUCCCAUGCACUUCAUUUAAUAUAACAGGCUUUUAAAUAUUUGUGCACAAUUUCUACUUAUCAAAAAAAGGCACUCAUUUUGUGGAACAACCUGUACAACCUGACUGUAGUGUAGACCGUAGGGCAGCUUGUCUUCGACAAACUCACUGGAAUGUCUCCCCCAGCAGAGAAUGAAAGUGCACUGAACUCAUACUAAACAGUGGCUGAUUUACAAUGGUUUUUUUCUCUCUCUUAAUUGAUUGUACAUAUGUAUAUUGUUUGCCGGUUCCACGUAUUGUCUUCAUGAUAUCAACUGAACUGUCUGUCAAAUGAUUAUUGAGGGAUUCUUGACUUUAGUAAAAACGUGUGGGUUGUGUAUGAGCUGUACAUAAAUGUCAUGUCCUCAUGCUUUUUCAUAUUGGUCAAAUAAAAAACAGCAUAAACAAAACAUUCUCACUG